GAACACCCCCGUUGGAACGAACCUCCUUCUGCCUGAUCGUGGAUUGCCUUCGCCAAUCACGGUGGUGUGUGACGUGAGCGCAAGAAGGACGAACCUUCAACAACCCCUCGCUGGCCUGACCGGCAGCGUCCCCGUUUUUAUAUAGAUCACAGGCACAGGCCGGUUCUCCUCGUGUGCUGUAGGCUGAAGUAGUAGCAUUUCUAACUCAAGAGCGCACCGUUAGAGAGGGGAAUCAAUGGAUCGGUGAAUUGAGAAUCAAUUUCCACUAAAUGAAGCAGUGAUUCUGCGGAAAGCGCGGUGCGGCGUAUAGCAUUAAAUUAUACAACUUAUUUAUUGCUAAAAAGAGAUAAAAAGAGAGAGGGAGAGAGAGUGUGUGUGUGGGGGAGAAAAAGAUGAAAAGGGAUGUAUAAACAUGAUGAUUAUAGGAAAAAACUUUAACUAAACACACGAUUCUGCUGCUGAUGGUGGAUGGAUGGUUAGACUACCACGAGGGUUAGCAUACCCCACCUCCCCUCUCUGUCUCUCCCCCCAUGUGGAUGUGUAAUUCUCCUUCCUUCCACCCACACAUCGUGUACAAGCCCCGUACCGCCGGAAUAGAAUGCCCUGUUGCGCCACGCUGUGCAGCGGGAGUUGGAUAACUGUAUCUUAAGCACAUUAGCAAACAUUUCAAAUGGUAAGCACUUAAAUGUAAUUCGAAGAUAAAGAAAUGGAAGUGAUGGACGAUGGGCGAUAGGCGACGGGCUUGCGGAAGCGGCUGUAUUCCCUAAGCAUCCCUAAGCUAGCCAACCAGCCAGCCUUGCUGAUAUCGCUGGCUGUAGCAGUUGUGUAAUGACGAAGGAGAACAGCGAGCAGAGAACUACUGAACAAAACGUACACAUACUAACUGGUUAUUGUUAGAGCAAAUCGAAUGAAGCAGAAGGAGAAAAGAGUGGAAGAAGAGUGUGUUGAAUCAUUACACGAUGAUAAACACGAACCACACAGGCAGGCACACAUUCAGACAGACAACUUUGAAGCUGAUAAGAAAUGAAGAAAGGAGGAGACAGAGGAGCGUUAAGUAGGAGUGCGAAAUAGAAGAUUCGAAAAAAAGGAUAACAGACAAGUUUCACUAGGCAUUCUUCCUCCCUUCUUCCUUUCUGAUGCCCUCAAGGACAUUACAUUACCCUUCCUCUAACUCCUCUCUCCCCAAAAAAAAAAACCUCUUUAGGAGUAAGUAGUUACACGUAUACAGGAGUUGUUAAAGUAAAACGGAUUCCCUUUAACCCCCCGUCCCUUCUGCACCACCCCUCCACGCCCUCCACGCCUGAAAAUAGCCAGCGGAACUGAUCUGGAAACGAGAGAGAGAGAGAGAGAGAGAGCAGCAUGAAUCUAGAGAAGAAGAAAUGUGCAACCAUUAAGUAUAUAAUACAUCUAGACGCAAAAGACACAUACAAAACUGUUCCCCUAGCGCCCUCCAUCUCUCCCUUUUCUCAUCUUCUGUACGACUUCAUUCACCAACAACAAUGACGCACCAUGCGACACGAUUGCAGCACGUGGUAGUAGCUCUACCAGAAACGGAAUGUAGUAACUCAAUCUCAGAUGAGGGCGAAUGUUGGGAGAAAACAGGGGUUGAGGUUGAGGACACUCGACCCACAUUAGAAACAACACACGACGACGACGACGACGACACGGACAAGCGCAUCGUUUUCUAGCUUAGUAAGGUUAAACAAACAGAAUUAGAAUCAUUAUUAUAGAAUGGAAAAAAAUAAAACAAAAAAAUAAUAUC